UGUCGCCGACCUUUUAGUGCGCGUGCGUGUCUGUUGCCUUCAGCGCCGAGGUGGAAGCCGCUUAGCCGGGGGUGGGAGGCGGACUCCGAUAACUAGAGAAGUCAGGCAUUCGCUCUAGCCAGCCCGCCUCGCCCUUCUGUUCUGGAACCCCGUGCCCCACGUGCUUCCGUCUCGCUGCCCUCUGAGGCUCGCCGGUCCCGGGAGCAGUGACUUUCACCAUGCACCGGAAGAAGGUGGAUAACCGGAUCCGGAUUCUUAUUGAGAAUGGGGUAGCUGAGCGGCAAAGGUCUCUCUUUGUUGUAGUUGGGGAUCGAGGAAAAGAUCAGGUGGUGAUUCUCCAUCACAUGUUGUCUAAAGCAACUGUGAAGGCUAGGCCAUCAGUGCUGUGGUGUUACAAGAAAGAGCUGGGAUUUAGCAGUCACCGGAAGAAGAGAAUGAGACAGCUGCAGAAGAAAAUAAAGAAUGGGACCUUGAACAUAAAGCAAGAUGACCCCUUUGAACUCUUUGUAGCGGCCACAAACAUUCGCUACUGCUACUACAACGAGACCCACAAGAUCUUGGGCAAUACAUUUGGCAUGUGUGUCCUGCAGGAUUUUGAAGCUUUAACUCCAAAUUUGUUGGCCAGAACUGUUGAAACAGUAGAAGGUGGUGGGCUGGUGGUUAUCCUCCUGCGAACCAUGAACUCACUCAAGCAGUUGUACACAAUGACAAUGGAUGUGCAUUCCAGGUAUAGGACGGAGGCCCAUCAGGAUGUGGUAGGAAGGUUCAAUGAGAGGUUUAUUCUGUCUCUGGCAUCUUGUAAGAAGUGUCUGGUCAUUGAUGAUCAGCUCAACAUCCUGCCCAUCUCCUCCCACAUGGCCAGCAUUGAGGCCCUACCUCCACAGGCUUCGGAUGAGAAUCUCAGCCCUUCUGCUCUGGAGCUGCGAGAGUUGACAGAGAGCUUACAGGACACGCAGCCUGUGGGUGUGUUGGUGGACUGCUGUAAGACCCUAGACCAGGCCAAAGCUGUCUUAAAAUUCAUUGAGGGGAUCUCAGAGAAGACCUUGAGGAGUACAGUUGCUCUCACCGCUGCCCGAGGACGGGGAAAGUCUGCAGCCCUGGGAUUGGCUAUUGCUGGGGCAGUGGCGUUUGGGUACUCCAAUAUUUUUGUUACCUCCCCAAGUCCUGAUAACCUGCACACUCUGUUUGAAUUUGUAUUCAAAGGCUUUGAUGCUCUGCAGUAUCAGGAGCAUCUGGAUUAUGAGAUCAUACAGUCUCUAAACCCUGAGUUCAGUAAAGCAGUGAUCAGAGUGAAUGUGUUCCGGGAACACAGGCAGACCAUCCAGUAUAUACAUCCUGCAGAUUCAGUGAAACUAGGCCAGGCUGAGCUUGUUGUGAUUGAUGAAGCUGCCGCCAUCCCGCUCCCCCUGGUGAAGAGCCUGCUCGGGCCCUACCUCGUCUUCAUGGCAUCCACCAUUAAUGGCUACGAGGGCACUGGCCGGUCACUGUCCCUCAAGUUAAUUCAGCAGCUCCGUCAGCAGAGUGCCCAGAGCCAAGUCAGCACCACCGCAGAGAACAAGACCACAACUACUGCCAGAUUGGCCUCAGCACGCACGUUGCAUGAGGUGUCCCUCCAGGAGUCCAUUCGAUAUGCCCCUGGGGACGCAGUGGAGAAGUGGCUGAACGACCUGCUGUGCCUGGAUUGCCUCAACAUUACUCGGAUCAUCUCAGGCUGCCCCUUGCCUGAAGCCUGUGAGCUCUACUACGUUAAUAGAGAUACACUCUUUUGCUACCACAAAGCCUCUGAAGUUUUCCUGCAGCGGCUUAUGGCCCUCUACGUGGCUUCUCACUACAAGAACUCGCCCAAUGAUCUCCAGAUGCUUUCAGAUGCACCUGCUCACCACCUCUUCUGCCUUCUGCCUCCUGUGCCUCCUACUCAGAAUGCCCUGCCUGAAGUGCUUGCAGUUGUCCAGGUGUGCCUUGAAGGGGAGAUUUCUCGCCAGUCCAUCCUGAAUAGCCUGUCUCGAGGCAAGAAGGCUUCUGGAGACCUGAUUCCGUGGACAGUGUCCGAACAGUUCCAAGAUCCAGACUUUGGUGGUCUUUCUGGUGGCAGAGUUGUUCGCAUUGCUGUUCACCCGGAUUAUCAAGGGAUGGGCUAUGGUAGCCGAGCUCUGCAGCUGUUGCAGAUGUACUAUGAAGGCAGAUUUCCUUGUCUGGAGGACAAGGUCCUUGAGACAUCACGAGAAAUCCAUACCGUGAGCAGUGAGGCUGUCAGCUUGCUGGAAGAGGUCAUCACUCCCCGGAAGGACCUGCCUCCCCUACUCCUCAAACUGAAUGAGAGGCCUGCAGAGCACCUGGAUUACCUGGGUGUUUCCUAUGGUUUGACACCCAGGCUCCUCAAAUUUUGGAAACGAGCUGGAUUUGUUCCUGUCUACUUGAGGCAGACCCCGAAUGACCUGACGGGGGAACACUCAUGCAUCAUGCUAAAGACGCUGACUGAGGAGCAGGAGCAGGAGCAGGAGCAGGAGCAGGGAGCUUGGCUCGUAGCCUUUUGGAAAGAUUUCCGAAGGCGAUUCCUGGCCUUGCUGUCCUACCAGUUCAGCACCUUCUCUCCUGCUCUGGCUCUGAACAUCAUUCAGAACAAGAACGCUGGGAAGCCGGUCCAGCCUGCCCUAAGCCGGGAGCAGCUAGAGGCGCUUUUCCUCCCCUAUGACCUGAAGCGGCUAGAGAUGUAUUCCCGGAACAUGGUGGACUAUCACCUCAUCAUGGACCUGAUCCCAGCCAUCUCCCGCUUGUAUUUCCUGAACCAGCUGGGGGACCUGUCCCUGUCUGCUGCCCAGUCGGCUCUUUUCUUGGGGAUCGGCCUACAGCAUAAGUCUGUGGACCAGCUGGAAAAGGAGAUUGAGCUGCCUGCUGGCCAGUUGAUGGGGCUUUUCAACCGGAUAAUCCGAAAAGUUGUGAAGCUGUUUACUGACAUACAGGAAAAGGCAAUUGAGAAGCAGAUGGUGGCAGUGAAGGACGUUGUCAUGGAGCCCACAAUGAAGACCCUCAGUGAUGACUUGGAUGAAGCAGCAAAGGAAUUCCAGGAGAAGCACCAGAAGGAAGUGGGGAAGCUGAAGAACAUGGACCUGUCACAAUAUAUAAUCCGUGGGGAUGAUGAAGAAUGGAAUGAAGUUCUGAAUAAAGCUGGGCAGAAUGCCUCCAUUGUCAGCCUAAAAAGCUCCAGUGAAAAGAAAAGGAAGCUGGAAGCUAAACAAGAACCCAAACAUAACAAGAAGUUGAAGAGAAACAGAGAUUCAAAGAAGAAAAUGGAUGUGAAGCUGAAAUGGAAGAAAUAGUGCAAAACCUGGGUGUCAGGCCAAGCCACGAGGAGACACUCUCACCUCCUGAAGCACCUUGGACUUGGGUGACAGCAGUAAGGGCCCCAGUGAACACAGGCGCCAGCCAGGGAUUCCCCACAGGCCUGUCUGGCUGUCUGUCUCUGGGCCCACUGGCUGAAGGCAGGCACUCCCCAGCAGGUCUGUUUAGAACUUGAUGCUUGGGCACAGUUCUGCAUUGCCAUGGCGAUGUUCCCAACUUUCGUUUCAGGGCCCUCUUUUCCCAUAAGGCCAGCUUUUCAGCCUCCCUCACACACACGAGGAAGCCUUGCUGGUUCUUGUUCCCUCUCAGGUCCUUAACUGCACAGCCUUCUGGUGUUGCUUGGAGGCUGCCAUAGACCGCCAGGUCUCCUCAUGGAUUUGCCUCCACACCCUGAGGCCUGGGGCUGCAGGACCUUGUGCCGAUGGCUCAGCAGGCCCCUGGUGUGUGCUGACCCCAGGGUCUGCAAAGGUGGCUUUUGUUCCAGUCCUGCCCCCAGCACCCCAGAAAAAUUUGAGCCUUCACUCUCGAGUACAACAUCUGAGUCCCUAAGACCUAUUAUGUUAUCCUUUUGAGAAAAUGGGAGGGAUAGUCUAUUUUUAAUAACAUCCUAGAAAGACCAUUUGCCUGAGGUUCUCAUGAAAUCCACAUCUGUGAAGGUUGUCCUGUUUCUUCUUGUGGGUCUUGGUUGACAAGGCCAACUUGGUGCCUAUAGGAAGCCUAGCAGAUCUGGAUGGUGCUGUAGGCAUCUUGAGAGGCAUGAUGUGGCUGGAAGUCAGGUGGCCCCUGGCCAGGUCAUUAGGGUCAUCCCAUUUGUUGGUUCACACCUAUGUGAGUUUGUCUGAUAGUGUCUUGUGGCGACAUAUCCAUGCCCAGUACUCAUGUGUAAACUGGGCCAGCAAAAAAACCCCAAAAAGCUGGAGGAGAGAGAAGGUUCUAGACCACAGUUACUAAACACGCCACUCCUGGUACUCAUCCCAGCUGGAGAAGCUCAGGCCAGUGCUGGUUGGUCCCUAGGACAAUCAGGACCCCGGUGUUGAGGCCUUUGCGGGAGCUGCUGCUUGCUGCUUCUACAUGGGUCCUUCGUUGGGUCUGCAGGACAGUUUGCUGAGGAGAAAUGGGAAAGCAACUGGCUAUUUUCUCUUAGGAGAGUGUGGCCAAAAGGCAGAAUCCAAAUCUCAGGAGGUCAGAGCUGGCCAGUUUGCUAGAAGCUUCUCAAGCAUAUGCUCCUCUAGGUGGACCCUUUGCAGUGCUGUCACCCCUAAUGUUUGUCCACUGGCUCUGCUCUGCAUUAAGGUGAGGGGGCUCAGAGGGUAGACUGCCUGUGAGUGCAUGGAUUCUGACUUUCUGUGGAUUUUGUGCCCCCUCCCUGUGGCACUCUGUGGUUGAAUGUCCCUGCCUGAACUCAAGUUGAAGUUAUUUGAUUCACUAUGCAAACAAAAAUAAAAAGUCAAUCCCCAUUGUUAGGUAUGGAGAGGUGGGACCUCUAAGAGGUGAUACGGUCCAGAGGGCUCUGCCUCCAUUAGUAAGCUAAUGUGUUCCUGGAUGAAUGGGUUCUCUCCAGGGUGGCUGUUAGAAAAGCCAGUUAACCUAGAGAUGCCUCAGACUUGCAAGGCCUGCGUCAGGUGCAGCACCUUGAUUUUAGAUUCACCACCUCCAAAGCUAUAAGAAAUGAAUUUUUUUUAUAAGCCACCCAGGCUUUUCUGUUAUAGCAACAGAAUAUAGGCUGAAAUAGGCAUGUGACUUCACUCUGCCUGCAUUGUCCACCUGUGGGUGGCGGUACCAGUGCUUCCCCUAGAUGUGGGGAGAGCAGGGUAGAGAAAAACAGAACUCAGGAUAGUGGCUGACACACAGUAGGUCCCUGGCAUGCCAGCUGUCAAAAGCCUGACAGGACUGGCCUGAGCUAGAAAGAGUCCCACAAGAUAGUGGAGCACAUGCUUUGCAGUUGGACCUUCUGCGUCUUGAGUAGCAGCUUUGUGUCCUGGCAUAAGAUGUAGUCUCUGCACACAUAAAGGAAGCAAAUGUCCCACUCUUCUCUUUCAAAAGCCUGUGUUCUCUGGAGACCUCUGCAUUUUGUGUUGUGAUCUUGGGUCUCCUUCAAACCUGAAAGGGCAUGCCUCCCCCAGGCCUCACCAUCUGGGCCCCAGACAGUGAACAUCUGUAAAGCUUGACUGUCUCGGGAGAUGCCACUUGUGAAAUGAAUUCAGAUGGGCCAGCUCUGCAUGCUGUCACUAGGAUGGGGUUGGAGCUAAAGAGUUCUGAACAAAGGGAGUUUGUAAAUGACCUCUCCACCUCUAGGCUGGGGGGUGGGGUUGGUGCGGUGAUGGCCUGCUUCAUUGCUUUCCCCUGCUCAUCUGCUGGCCAUCCCAGAGGACUGAGAGAGAGGAGACACAAAGGAGGCUGCUGAUGCUGGCAGGAAGCAGAGGAGUGGAAGUAAGUCCAUCACCUCACACAAGUGUAGGCUUAUUAUCUGAGACCAUUAUAAUACACAAGCUGCUGGGCUGGAAGGCUGGGCCUGAAUGGCUGGUUUCAGACUAGGUUGGGGACACCCUUGAUUCUGUACACAGCUGGUUACACAUCAUAGGGACCCUGCAAAGGGGCAGGGAAAGACCUUACCAGGGUUUCUGGCAGAGAGUUGCCUGGUUCUGGUGAAAGAAAAGCUGACCACCCUGCACCUGACUUGAGGAAGGGUAAUGGAGAAAAGGAGAGUAAAGCAUCAAGAGGAGAAAUUCCAUGUUAGUGUUUGCUUGGGUGGCCCAGGCUCAGGCUCUCAGGCUCUUGGACCUUGUAUGUCAAUAAGGGGUCACUGCCCACAGAGCAAAUGACCCUCCUGUGCACUGAUGCUCUCAGCCCUGGCUACUCAAGUGCUGUGAGAAGUUACCUUGGCCCUGCCCCAGUCCAUCUGGCUGCUGGUCGCCUGAAGCUGGCAGCUGAGGAGCCCCUUACAGUCCUAAGUAGUAGCUAAUUGUUUUAAAAGCUUGUUCAAGAUCAUAUUCCCAGUAGAGACAGGCCUAGAGGGGGCUGCCCCUUUUAAUCUCCCUACCUCCUUGGACUUCCCUCCCUCCAAAUUAUCUCCCAAACUGCCAAGCCCCAUCUGUAGCCAGAACAUAACUAGAUCUUGCCUUUUGGGCAGCGAGCAGCCCCCCUACUCGGGAGGGGAAGGAAGACCUAGAGCCCUGAAGGGCAGCCACUCCAGACCUCAAGUGUUCCCAAGGCUCCCCUCCACCCUUACCAGGCGCUGUGAGGAGCGCACCUCUGCCCCACGGCCCCCAGAGGGCACUGUGGUCCACGCUGCGGGACCCUCACAGUUGGGUCCAGGGCCCCAAGGCCUGCCUCAGUCCACUCUGCCUGGCUCUUACCUCAGCUGUUCUUCAGACUAGCUUCUGGAGGUCUUCACGAUUCUCCAACUCAAGUGCUUGGCAUGUUACUGACUCUUGGUUAGGUUUUUGGUGACGUUAGAAAUAAGCUUUUAAAUAAAAUUUGUAUGACUUUGCACCAGAAACUACAAGUGUCUAGGAAAACCUUUGGCCUGAGUAACUGGUUCACCAUACUCCAUUACCUCUGCCAGAGUCUCCAUGGUGACCUAUCCAGCCAUGGCUCAGCAAAGCCACAGACCAGGCAGUAUCAGGCUGGGUCUAUAAACACCUAAGAAGCUCCCCAAUCCCAGCCUUCCCAUGGAGUGCUUGUGCACAGAGGUCAGAAAAGCCCUGCGCACUGCCUUGUUCCCCUGUCUGGCUCCCAUGCAGCCCAGUGGUCCAUGCCUGUCCAUCAGCCAUCAGGUGAGGACAUUAACCCCAGUGAAGGACUGGGUCAGGCUGAGGUAGGGGAGAAGUGCAGGUGGAACAGCAUAGGUCAGGUUUUUGGGCAUGGAAUCAGCUCUUGAGUCCUUUCCUGUUGGGACCCUUCCCAGCUCUGAACUCCAAGCACC